CGGCGCAAGAUGGCGGCGUGCAGUAGGUGAGGGCGGCGGAGCCGGUAAAGAGGCCUCUGUCUCAGAUACUGAGACCAUGUACAGUGUGUUAUGUCGGCUCUUGCCAGGUCGCUUGGGAGUGUGUGUUUUCGAAACGCUUCAAAAAGUAACAAUCAUAAAGCAAUUUCCAAAGGUUAUUGUCCGUCAUUGCAGAUCAGGCAAUCAUGAAUGGCUCUCAUUUCAGAAUUUUACAAUUCCUAAAUGCCAGUAUGUAACCAAAGUUGAUAAAGGAUUGUAUCAACGUGCAAAACCCAAAGCUGCACCAUCAGCAUCGCCUUUUCCAGAGAAACAACCUAUUAUCAACGAUGAAGCUGUCGUCCGAUCAGUGCAACAAAUUCCCGCUAUUACCUCACAUCCGUCCAAUCUUGAAGAAAACAGCACGACAGAGAGGACAGCAAUGGCUGGUGAUAACGAGACUGCCCAAGACAUCAAGGAAGCAAAACAGUGGAAAGAGAUGAAAGUGCAACUAUCAGAUCUACCAGGGAUCUAUGCAAGAUUGUCUAAAAUAAAACUCACAGCUUUAGUUGCAACAACUGCAUCUGCUGGAUUUGCAAUGGCACCUGUACCCUUUGACCUUGGCUGUUUCCUUCUCGCCACUUUUGGAACAGGCCUUGCUUCCUGUGCUGCCAACUCCAUUAACCAGUUCUUUGAGGUGCCAUUUGACUCGAACAUGAACAGGACGAAAAACAGACCCCUGGUCAGAGGACAAAUUAGUCCACUCCAUGCAGUGUCCUUUGCAGUUGCCUGCAGUGUGCCUGGUAUAGCUCUACUGACCCUUGGAGUUAAUCCACUGACUGGAGCUUUAGGAGCCUUUAACAUUUUCCUCUACACAAGCUGCUACACUCCAAUGAAGAGGUUGAGUAUACUUAACACCUGGGUAGGGUCCGUGGUUGGAGCUAUUCCUCCAGUCAUGGGCUGGACAGCAGCCACUGGCACCAUCGGUGCAGGUGCCUUGUUAUUGGGUGGUAUCCUGUAUUCCUGGCAGUUCCCACAUUUCAAUGCUUUAAGCUGGAAUCUUCGAGAAGAUUACUCACGAGGUGGCUACCGCAUGAUGUCAGUCACACAUCCAUUGCUUUGCAAACGAGUGGCAUUCCGCCACUGCAUUGCUCUCAUUGGAUUGUCAACAUUGUGUCCUGUCUUUGAUGUAACUACAUGGACUUUUCCACUUAUUUCACUCCCAAUCAACUUGUAUAUCAGCUACCUCGGCUAUCGAUUUUACAGGGACUCGAAUCGCAGCAGUGCCCGAAAACUUUUCUUUUGCAGUCUCUGGCAUCUCCCAAUGUUAUUGCUCCUCAUGUUGACCUGCAAGAGAUCUCUGUUUGAAAAUGAGAACGUGGUUCACCACAAAGUUCAAACAGAAAUGCAAGCGUAACUUUCAUUUUUAUUAAGGAAUCUUUAGAAAUUGUCAAAGCGUAUUUCUUUGUCAUGUUGAUAUAUCCACAUUAAGUGCACGGGUUCCACAUCCUGGAAGUUCUACAUAUUACUGUUUGUGAAUUUUUUUUACUGUUGAUGAAAAUUGGUUUCAUCGUUGUCUUAUGAAUGUAAAUAGACCAUUGCUCCCCUUUAAGUCCGUUCAGCCAUUUAGUAGUUCAUGCGAAUCCAAACCUCAGCUGCUUGCUUCAUGUCUCUUAAUACUCCAACCUAACAUGUAUAUUUCAGUCUCAGUCUAGCAGGUUCCAGUUAUCUCAGAAUCCACAAUCUUUUGGAGGAGAAAGAUUCAGAUGUCUGCUAUCUUCUGUGUGGAGGAAGAAAAUGUUUCCUGAUUUAUCUCCUAACUCACCUAGCUCAGAUUUUAUGUCCCUUGUUCUUAAUUCACUCAUUAGGGUAAAUAGUUUAUCCGUAUCCAACUCUUUACAGUUUAAAUGUCUCAAUGAGCUCAACCCUUAAUCUUCUGAACUCCAGGGAAUACAGGCCAGAUUUAUGAAAUUGGCCCUUACAAUUUAAUCCCUAUGAAGUCCUGCAUUUUCAGCUUGCACGUUGCACCCAUAAAUUUGCAAUGUGUCUUCCGAUCUCCCUGAACUGCCCUUUAACGUUAUAUUAUGGUCUCAGAUGCUAAAAGCAUCCCAUUGAUCCAUUACAUAAGCCAAUUGAUUACCAGUAUUUUAAUUCAUUAUGUUACCAAGGAGAAUUCAGAAUUUCUUGUGUAAUCAGUGGCCAGUGAUUUGCGCAACAAGUGUGUCGUCUUAAAACAAAAUGUAAAAUGCAUUAUUCAGUUGUUAUUCCAUUAAAACAAAAUUCUCCCAAGAUUGUGGCAUUUCAUUGAACUGCACUUACUUUGGAGGCUUUUCAAAACAUUAAUCUGUUGGAGUACUUUUUAAACACAUCCUGUCACACUUGCCAAUGUAUUCAAGACAUUUCUGUUCUGACCAAAGAUUUCCUGUUAACAGUGACAAUUUGUUCAGAACUGUAACAGCUUACAUUGCACAUUAUAGUUAUCUUUCCAUAUAAUUUCAUGUCCUUAUGCCCAGUGCAUGUUUCCAUACAUGAAGUCUGGCUGGACCACGGUCAUAAUCUGUCAAUAAUUGAUGUUGCUGAAUAUGUCCUUUGAAUUUGAUUGUCCAGAAACUUUCUAGACUCAUCUUGAGUUACAUCAUGGAAAGUUAUGAAAGGACUAAAGGAUUACAUCCAAAACAUAGUCUAUUUAUUGCAUUAAUAUACUAUCAACAAUUGAAACUAAGUUGAUUUUUCAUGUCAAGUUGUUAGAACAGUAACUACCAUCACAGUGAAAUUCAAAGAUUGUUUUUGCAUAGUUUGGAAGGUCACAACAUAUAGUGUAUAUUCACGUGAAUAUGAUUUUUUUUAUGCCAACAAUGCAAACCUUAUACAUAAAUGUCUCUUGAUGUAUUAGUAACUGUGUGAGGGCCUGUAUAGCUUUGUGGCUAUGUUAAUUGGACCCAUUGUCCAGAGGCCUGGACUAAUGAUCUGGAGUUAUAAAGUUCCACUUUCACCCCUGGAGCCGGAAAAUUUUAAUUCAUUCAUUUAAUUAAGUACAAAGUUAAAGAAACAAGUAUCAAUAAUGGGGACAAUGAAGCUACUGGAUUUAGUAAAGUCUCACCUUAUUCAUUAAUAUCAUUUAGAACAAAAAAAUCUGCUGUCCUUAACUGGCCUGACAUUUAUAUAACUUCAGACACACGGCAAUAUAGUUGACUCUUAGCUUCCCUCAGAGUUAGCUGAGCAAGGCAUGCUGUUGUUUUGGAAUGUGCAUUAAACGCACAGCAAUGCCCACAUCCCAUGAAAGACUUUUUUGAACAUUAAGAGAAUGGUCACUGUGUAAUCCUUCGGCUUUCAUUCACUGUCAUUUUGACCUGCAAUUAUUGAUUAACGUGAUGAAUAAAUUGGAAUCAGAUUGUAAUUGUCUUAAUCAAAAGAAAUAUUAUUUAUAUUAUGAUUUUAUUUUAAAUGACAUAAUAAAAAUAUGCAGAACAAAAUGGUCCACAUCACGUUUUUUUUAAAGUAGGGCAAGGGAAAUUAUAGUGUAAAAGGCUUUAUUAUGCUACUUAAGCUCCAGUGUAAAUGUAAUCCACACCAUUGUUAGCUUUGUGUGCAUUGUUUGAAAAGAUUUUUUUUAAUGGAAGUGUAAUGAUUUGUUGCCUAAAUCAUAUUGCUUCUAAUCAGAUACUCAACUAUCUGUGGUCAUAUCU